AUGGAGGUGGAGGAGGCGUUCCAGGCGGUGGGGGAGAUGGGCAUCUACCAGAUGUACUUGUGCUUCCUGCUGGCCGUGCUGCUGCAGCUCUACGUGGCCACUGAGGCCAUCCUCAUUGCACUGGUCGGGGCUACGCCGUCGUACCACUGGGACCUGGCAGAGCUCCUGCCGAAUCAGAGCCACGGCAACCAGUCGGCUGGGGAAGACCAGGCCCUCAGGGACUGGCUGCUGACGGCCAACGGCAGCGAGAUCCGUAAGCACGUGCACUUCAGCAGCAGCUUCACCUCCAUCGCCUCUGAGUGGUUUUUAAUUGCCAACAGAUCUUACAAAGUCAGUGCAGCAAGCUCUUGCUUCUUCAGUGGUGUGUUUGUGGGAGUUAUCUCCUUUGGUCAGCUUUCAGAUCGCUUUGGAAGGAAAAAAGUCUAUCUCACAGGUUUUGCUCUUGACAUCUUAUUUGCUAUUGCAAAUGGAUUUUCCCCCUCGUAUGAGUUCUUUGCAAUAACUCGCUUCCUGGUGGGCAUGAUGAAUGGAGGGAUGUCGCUGGUGGCCUUUGUCCUGCUGAAUGAAUGUGUGGGCACCGCCUACUGGGCACUCGCAGGAUCGAUCGGUGGCCUCUUCUUCGCAGUUGGCAUCGCCCAAUAUGCCCUGUUGGGAUACUUCAUCCGCUCCUGGAGGACCCUCGCCAUUCUGGUUAACCUGCAGGGAACAGUGGUCUUUCUCUUAUCUUUAUUCAUUCCUGAAUCACCUCGUUGGUUAUACUCCCAGGGUCGACUGAGUGAGGCUGAAGCGGCUCUGUACCUCAUCGCCAAGAGGAACCGCAAGUUCAAGUGUACGUUCUCACUAACACAUCCGGCCAACAGGAGCUACAAGGAGACUGGAAGUUUCCUGGACCUGUUCCGUUACCGGAUCCUCUUGGGGCACACUCUGACCCUGAUGUUCAUCUGGUUUGUGUGCAGCUUGGUCUAUUAUGGUCUAACGUUGAGUGCAGGGGAUCUAGGUGGAAAUAUUUAUGCCAACCUGGCCCUGUCUGGCCUCGUAGAAAUUCCGUCCUACCCUCUCUGCAUCUACUUGAUUAACCAAAAAUGGUUUGGUCGGAAGCGGACAUUAGCAGCAUUUCUGUGCCUAGGAGGACUGGCUUGUCUUAUUGUAAUGUUUCUUCCAGAAAAGAAAGACACAGGUGUGUUUGCAGUGGUGAACAGUCGUUCCCUGUCUCUGCUGGGGAAGCUGACGAUCAGUGCUGCCUUUAACAUCGUGUAUAUCUACACCUCGGAGCUUUACCCUACAGUCAUCAGGAAUGUUGGGCUUGGAACUUGUUCCAUGUUCUCCCGAGUUGGUGGGAUUAUUGCUCCCUUCAUCCCCUCACUGAAAUAUGUGCAGUGGUCUUUACCCUUCAUUGUCUUUGGAGCCACGGGCCUGACCUCGGGCCUCCUGAGUUUGUUAUUGCCAGAAACCCUUAACAGUCCAUUGCUAGAGACAUUUGCUGACCUUCACGUGUAUUCAUAUCGGAGGCUGGGGGAGGAAGCGUUAUCUUUACAGACUUUGGAUCCCCCACAGUCUGCGGGCAGGGAGAGCGCAUCAGGGAGUGAGAGUGAGGAGGAGGAAGAGUUUUAUGACGCCGAUGAAGAGACUCAGAUGAUCAAGUGAAGAGCCCAGAUUCCUCCUCAGAAGCAGAGGAUCAUCUUUUGUGCCUCUGGCUAAGGCAGGUUCUCCCAGGAAACUUAAAGAGUUGUAGAAAGAUAGACUUGAACAUACAUAAAGGGUACUCAGUGUGGACUGAUUUUUUCAGGCACAAAGGAAGUUGGAGAAGAGAGUUCAUGAAAGAGGACAUCACUGCAUUGAAGGAAUAGUUGUUAAUUUGUCCAAAAUUCGGGUUUAGGUCAGAACCAUGACCUCUGGCCAGAUAGCUCAAAUCCAUAUGCCAGAGUGGCAAGCUGAUUUAUUUCUAGAAGUAUGACCAUGUUACUUUUUCUUCAUCAUGACCUAAAGGCAGAUAUGUAAAAUUUCUUCUCACCAUUUUAGUGGGGUAAGAUAAACCACUCUUAAGAUUUAAUC